UUCUGUGUAAACUGAGGCUAAACAAACACAGAUGGAGCACAGCGGGCGUUCUGCAGAAAUGCUGGCAGGGCGGCAGCGACUUCAGAUGACACUCUGAGCUCUCCGGGGGAAACGGGCUGCCUCCGAGGCUUCGCGGAGCCGGAGGCGCAGCUGCCCCGCGAGUGGGGGAGCGAGGGAGGGACCGGGGAGGGAGGGUAGGAGGAGAGAGAGAGAGAGCAGCGACAAGGCGGCGCUGAGCGCGGCGGCCACGGGGUGCAGCAGGCGCGCGGCGUGCAGAGUGUUCGCUGCAGGCGCGCGUCCCGGGCAAUCCCACGCCCCUUCCUCGCGCUGUCCACACCAUGAAGCACAUCCCGGUCCUCGAGGACGGGCCGUGGAAAACAGUGUGCGUGAAAGAGCUGAACGGCCUCAAGAAGCUCAAGCGGAAAGGCAAGGAGCCGGUGCGGCGCGCAAACGGCUAUAAAACUUUCGGAUUGGACUUGGAAGCGCCCGAGUCCGGCGCCACGGCCAGUGCCACCGCCGCUACAAACGGGCUCCGGGACAGGACACAGCCGUUCCCGAUCGUGACCCCAGUGCCAGCCUCAGUGGCGCCAGCGGUUCCUUCAGGUGGAGGCACAGACACAGUCAGAGAGCUCAGGGGCAUCCGAGCGCCUGAAAUCUCAGACGCGCGCAAACGCGGUUUUGCUCUGGGCACAGUGGGACCGGGACUACCCACGCCACCGCCGCCUCCGGCGUCCCAGAGUUUGGCGGCAUCCGGGGGUCCCGAGGCACAGCCGUUCCGCGAGCCAGCUAUGCGUCCUCGCAUCUUGCUGUGCGCCCCUCCUGCGCGCCCCACGCCAUCCGCGCCUCCCGCACCCCCCGCGGCGCCACGAGAGUCCCCCGUGCGCCCUGCGCCCCCCACGCGCCCGGGGGAAAGUUCCUACUCCUCAAUUUCACACGUAAUUUACAAUAACCACCCGGAUUCUUCCGCGUCGCCUAGGAAACGGCCAGGCGAAGCGACCGCCGCCUCCACGGAGAUCAAAGCCCUGCAGCAGACCCGAAGGCUCCUGGCAAACGCCAGGGAGCGGACGCGGGUGCACACCAUCAGCGCAGCCUUCGAGGCGCUGAGGAAACAGGUGCCAUGCUACUCCUACGGGCAGAAGCUGUCCAAACUGGCCAUCCUGAGGAUCGCUUGUAACUACAUCCUGUCCCUGGCGCGGCUGGCUGACCUGGACUACAGUGCUGACCACAGCAACCUCAGCUUCGCCGAGUGUGUGCAGCGCUGCACUCGUACCCUGCAGGCAGAAGGGCGUGCCAAGAAGCGUAAGGAGUGACCUGCCACAGGCUAGACCAUGGACACUGCUCUGGGUCUCUUCCCAGUCGGGCCUGAGGAGAGAGGAGCUGAGGCCACCAGGAGACAACCAGCCUCAUUCCCCGUCUUCUCCAAGAUGCUCCGUCCACUUACCACCUCUCAGGGUCAUCCAGGACCAGGACAAGGGCAGCCUGCCUCCCUCUCAGUCUCCUGCUGUCCUCCAGCCAUCCAGGGUCACUUCAGAGUUUGCCUUCUGCCUGGUGGGGCGGGCUAUUGCCAAAGAUUCUACAGAGAUUGUCCAAGGAAAUGACAGGACGGAACCCCAACAGCACAAAGCCACACACCAUUGCUGCCCAACCAAGUCCACCUCAAGCCAAAGAUGGGUUAGCACUUCUGCCAGGAACUCAUGCAAGGAGUGGACAUUUGGUGGCCUUCAGAA